AACAAAGAAUCAGUCAGUCACAAAUACUGUUUGUGGACAGACGUUUACGCUACUUGCUACAAAGAUAUAGCAUACUUUAUUAUAACAACAAUAAUUGACUGUUCGUAUUGAUAAACUUUUCAAACACUAAGGAAAACUUUACUGUUUUGAAUUUAAAUUUCUGGAAGAAAUAUUUUGAUUCCUACCAUGUUCUCUACAAGGAAAAGUGCAGAAAAAAUUCUACAAUUUUACAAGAACGAGUUGCGUCGGCAAAUCAGCAAGACAACUAGUGUCACCAACUCCGAUUCCAUGGCGCCUCGGCUGGAUCAGCAAAACAUCAAGACACAAAAUGAAGAAACGGGACCGAAGAGGUUGCUGAAGUUGCAGAAAUAUCACAGAUUCCUGUCGACCCUCACUCCUCAGCAAAUGCCACUAGCUGCCCGUGGACUGGCCGUCUCCAAAGACCAGUCCCGGGAGUUCAUGGCUUGCUUCCCGGACAUCGUGAGGGACCUCACUGAAACUGGCAAGCAUAUUGACGUGCCGGAAGCCAGCAAGUGGUUGGCCAAGCUGUUGCAGUACAAUGUCCCAAAUGGAAAGAAAAAUCGCGGUCUCGCGACUGUACUCGCUUACAAAAUGCUUGAAACACAAGAAAACUUGACACCAGAAAACAUUCAUUUAGCCAAUAUAAUGGGAUGGUGCACUGAAAUGUUUCAUACAUACCAACUCAUACUUAACGACAUAAUGGAGGGUUCGGAAAUGCGUCGCGGCGUGCCUUGCUGGUACCGACAGCCCAACGUCGGCCUCGGCGGCGUCAAUGAUGCGAGUAUGAUGCACUCUGCGAUGUAUUCAACCCUUAAACGUUACUUUUCGAACAAGCCCUACUACAAGAACGUUAUGGAGAUGUUCAAUGAGAUGCUGUUGAAAUGCGCAAUCGGACAACACUUGACUAGACUCAUGACGAAAACGGACAAACCAGACUUGUCACAGUUCACAAUGGAGAAGUAUGAAGCGAUCACGAAAUACAGGACGUCGUACUAUACAUUCCAAAUGCCAGUCGGUCUCGCUCUCCUCAUGACCGGAGUGGACGACCCCGAGACACACAGACAAGCAAAGACCAUCCUAUUGGAAAUGGGAGAAUUUUUCCAAAUUCAAGACGACUUCCUCGACUGCUUUGGAGAUCCAGCAGUAAUGGGCAAAAACGGAACUGACAUCCAAGAAGGAAAGUGUACUUGGUUGGCAGUUGUCGCUCUCCAGAGGGCGACACCAGCGCAACGCCAGCUUAUGGAAGACCACUAUGGAAGCUCCAAACCUGAAGACGUUCAAAAAAUCAAAGACCUAUACGAAGAGCUUCAGUUACCUCACACAUACUCUGUCUAUGAAGAAGCUACUUACGAUCUCCUUAGAACACAAAUACAGCAAGUCACAAGAGGACUCCCGCAUGACUUUGUACAACAACAGAACUUUCUUAAAAUGUCUACAAAUGCCUCCAUAUCAGAGUUGCAAAGAGAAAAGGAAACAUUCCAGGACCUAUUACCGAACAUUAUGGAAACAAUGUUGAAAAACACAAGAUUUACAAAUAUGCCUGAAGUUGCGAACUGGACAAAACAGGUUCUAGAAUAUAAUCUACAUGGCGGCAAGAAAACUAGAGGAUUGACCACAACACUCGCAUAUGAAACUCUAGAGCACCCAGAUAAUAUCACAGAAGAAUCUCUCAAAGUCAGCCGCGUCGUAGGAUGGUGCGUCGAAAUGUUACACGCUUACUUCUUGGUGAUGGACGACAUAAUGGACGGUUCCACGAAGCGCCGUGGGGUCCCGUGCUGGUACCGCCUGCCGAACAUCGGCCUCGGAGCUAUCAACGACUCAAUAUUGAUUCAUUCAUCUAUAUAUGAGAUACUGAAACUUUACUGCGAGAAUCUGCCGCAUUACAAACACAUUGUGGACCAGUUUAACGAGGCGUUGUUGUACACAUCCAUGGGUCAACACUUGGACUACACGAUGGCACAUCGCAACAAGAACGAUUACAGUCUGUUUACGUUAGAGAGAUACAGUUCUAUCGUUAAAUACAAGACCGCGUACUACACCUACAAACUACCGGUGUCCCUGGGACUGCUCUUGGCUAACAAUACUGAUAUGAAGACCCAUAAAAUUGCUGAGGAGAUAUGUUUAGAAAUUGGACACUUGUUUCAAAUGCAGGACGAUUUUAUAGAUACUUUCGGAGUUGAAAAAGUGACUGGCAAAGUGGGCACCGAUAUCCAAGAAGGCAAGUGCUCCUGGCUCGCUGUACAAGCAUUGGAAAGGUGUAAUUCGAAACAGAUGAAAGUAUUCACAGCUUGCUAUGGUAGCCCAGAACCAGCGCACAUUGAACGGAUCAAGAGAUUAUACGAGGAAUUGGAACUACCCGCAAUAUACCAGAAGGAGGAAAGGGAUCGCUACAACUCGGUAGUACAGCGCGUCCGACAACUCCCCACUGAAACGUCUAUGUCGCCAGAUCUGUUCUUGAAGUUACUCGACAUGAUAUAUGACAGGAAAAAUUAAAUAUCGAUCUUAUGUACAUAGGUAUAAGAGUUAUUUAACGAUAAUAAAUAUUUUUUAUUAAU